GAUUGUGUGUGCUGCUUUUGUUUAUUGCUUACCUGUGUUUAAAUGUAGACAAAAAUUAAUAAAUACCUUACCGCACCAUGGACGAUUCAAUUUUUAAAGAGAGAUACCAAAAGUACAAGCUUCGCGUUAAAGUAUGGGAAAAGGAUUUCAAAAAGAAGCACGGCCGUGUGCCCUCCAAGUACGACAUAAGGGAGGCCAGUCAGGAGAUACGCGACUCCUACAAGAUGUACUAUAAGCUAAAGACAUCAUUUCUGGAGGAGACACUCAACGAUGUGCUCAGCGAGGAUGGUUUCGAUGUGCUGGAAAUGACGCAGUCUGAGGAUCUGGGUGUUGCCUUGUUGGACCAAAGCCUCAGCACAGAGAGCGUCAAUGGCGGUCCGCAGUUACCGCUGGAUAUAACAGCGCUGGUGGAGCAAACCAACGAAAAUUUCUCCAAUAUCAAGGAGCUGCCCACUCCACAGGCGCUCAGCAACCUCACCAAUCGCGAUGAGCAUCAUGUCAUUCGUAAAUUUGAGGCUAUCGAAGAGCUGGCCCAAAACAAAAGUGCCUGGGGCGAGAACGUAAGCAACCAUCAACCGAUAGUAGUGGAGACCUCGCCCACGUCUGCUGACGCCGCCAAGCCGCGCACGCCCUGCAUCAAGGCUAGUGUCAGCAGCAAACUGUUUCAGUCAACGCGCAGCUUUGCCAAGCGCAAUCCUCGCAAGCCGCUCUCACGCAGCGCCCUCAACUUAAGCGCCACCGGCUCCAACCACGGUGCAUCCGCUGAGCUGGCAGAGCAGCUGCCCGAUCUGGAAACCAUACUCAUACGCAAGGCGCAGGAACAUAAGACAGCAGAGGUAAUUGCGGGCAAUGCAUUGCUGGCCACCGAUCACAGCAAGGAGCCCAUCAAAACGCAUGUGGAUGAGGGUUGGCUACAGCGCAACACGGAGCAAAAUUCGCUGGAGCAACAGUUGACAAGCACAACAGCCAAAGCCGAGCCGAACAACAAUGCCACGCCAGCCAAGAAACACAACUAUGGGCUGUCCAAUUUAGAUUUAAGCAAGCUGAAGGCAACCAAAACCGCAUCGCCAAUGCCCGUGGAGCAGUCAGUGCCAGAAAAGCCAGUCGAAGUGCCGCAGGAACAGCCGACAGCUCCAGCUCCAGCUCAAGCUGCAGUCCGCUUCGACUCCGAUUCAGAUUCCGUUGUGGCCGAAAGCGAAGAGGAAACGGAGCAAACGGAGUACAGGCACAUAGCCAAGCGGCGCAGAGUGAUGCCCACCAGCGAGUCGCCACCAGCAGCGCCUGAUCUUAAGCCAAAGCCAGCCGCCGAAGAAAAGCCAACAAUUGCCAAAUCGGAAUCAUCGGAGGAAAACGAGAACGGCAAAGAUUUCUCAGCAGAUGAAGAAGAUGAUGCCACUUAUGAACCAGAACUGCCCAAGAAGACCAAACGCAAGCAGGCGACAGCAAAGAGGCAAAAGCCCAAGGCCGAAAAGAAGCCCAAGUCAGAGGUGCCAGCACCCAAGCCAAGGUUGGCGAAGCCAGCAGCCAAGUCUAAGACGGAAAAGUCGGCCAAACCACGUAAAGCGCCCAAAACAAAAGCCGCGACUAAAGCAAUGGCUGCCGAGGCGGAAGAGGUGCCCGAGGAGAAGCCACUAGAUCCCAAAGAUCUCAAAUAUGUGCUAGCGCUGGAGUCGGGCGAUAUAACCUGCGUGCCCCGCAUUAAGCAGGAUGAACUCGACCAGGCCGAUGAAACGGCGCAGCGCUACAUCAGCAAUUUUGCCCACAUUGCCUCCAUCUCCACCUUCUCCUCCACCUCUGGCGCCUCUGCGGGACAGCCGAAUGAGAAGCGUGAUGCGGCGCGCAAAAAGCUGCAGGAGAAGAUCGCAUCGGGCAAGUUGAAUGAGAACUUUGUGACCAUCAACAUACAAAAGAAGAAAUUUGCACGUGGCAAGAAGUCGAUGAACUUUACCAAAUACAAGAAAACCCAAUGGAGGCACAAGAAGCGAGUGGCUGCCCUAACCGGCCCGGACAUGGACAUGGGCGGCUGCGAUGGCGGCGUGCUCACCUGUUUCAAUUGCGGCGGCGUUGGACAUUUCGCACAGCAGUGCAAGAUAAAGGGCGAUGGACUGUUGCCACUGACCGCCCAGCUGGAGGAGGAUCCAUCACCGUUUCCCACGCUGGCCGAGGCCGAGCAGAUGGCAACACAGGGCGCGUUGGCGGCGCAUAGUCGCAACAUUGAACGACUGCCGCAGGCCGCCAACGCGAAUGCCAUCUACCAGUUCCCCGACUCCAGCAGCAGCAGCAGUGACGAGGCGGCUGAGCCUGGCGAGCGUGCUGCUGCGGACGUUAACAUGUCCAGCGAUGAUGGGGACAUUGAUUUUGAGGCAUUGGAUGCGGCUGUCGAUGCGGCUCAAAGCCAACCAACCCACACCUCGCCCAUCAAAAGCUAUGUGGGCCACAAGAUACCCGAGGAGUUCCUCAAGCAGGCCGGCCUCGAUGGCAGCUCAGCCAAUGGAGCGGCAGGGCGCACGCAGCAUGGCGGCGUCAAGCCACUCUACGAUCUCAAUGCGGACGGCAGUGUGCAGGAGCUGACGGACGAGGUCAGCGAGGUGCUGCACAUGUUUGGACACAGCAGCUUUCGCAAGGGUCAGGAUCGUGCUGUGAUGCGCAUACUGAGCGGCCUGUCCACAUUGGUCACCCUCAGCACGGGCAGCGGCAAAUCCUUGUGUUAUCAGCUGCCCGCUUACCUAUAUAGUCGCCGGCAGGGUGCCAUAACGUUGGUUAUAUCACCGCUGGUGUCUCUCAUGGAGGAUCAGGUGACGGGCGUGCCGCAUUUCCUGCGCGCCCAUUGCCUGCACACAAACCAAACGCCGCAGCAGCGCAUCAAGAUCCAGCAGCUGAUAGCCGAUGGCGAGAUUGAUAUACUGCUCGUCUCGCCGGAGGCGGUGGUCUCUGGAGAACGUGCCACGGGCUUCGGUUCCAUAUUGCGUCAGCUGCCGCCCAUUGCGUUUGCCUGCAUCGAUGAGGCGCAUUGCGUCUCGCAGUGGAGCCACAAUUUUCGGCCCAGCUACCUGAUGAUAUGCAAGGUGCUCAAAAAGAAUCUGGGCGUGCAGACGGUGCUCGGCCUGACCGCAACGGCGACGCUGCCCACGCGCAUCAGCAUCAUCAAUCAUCUGGGCAUUGUGGAUGGCGAGCGUGGCAUUAUAAGCGAUAUACCGCUGCCGGACAAUCUCAUACUGUCCGUGUCCAAGGACGAUAACCGCGAUGCGGCGCUGCUGCAGCUGCUCAACAGCCCCAGAUUCGAGAGCUGUCAAUCCAUUAUCAUCUAUUGCACGCGUCGGGACGAAUGCGAGCGCAUUGCCGGCUUCAUACGCACCUGCCUGCAGGAGCGCAAAUCGAACGCAGCGCCAGAGCAGACCAAGAAGAAGCGCAAGCGCGUCAACUGGCAGGCGGAGCCAUACCAUGCGGGCAUGCCCGCCUCGAGGCGCCGCACCGUACAGAACGCCUUUAUGGCCAAUGAGCUGCGCAUUGUGGUGGCCACCAUUGCCUUUGGCAUGGGCAUCAAUAAGCCGGAUAUUCGCGCCGUUAUACACUAUAAUAUGCCGCGCAAUUUCGAGAGCUAUGUGCAGGAGAUUGGACGUGCCGGCCGUGAUGGCCUGCCCUCGCAUUGUCAUCUCUUCCUGGACGCCAAGGGCGGCGAUCAGAACGAGCUGCGACGUCAUGUGUACGCCAAUUCCAUUGAUCGACAUGUCAUACGCAAGCUGCUGCAGCGCAUCUUUGUGCCCUGCUGCUGCGACAAGCAGCUGGGCAAAAACUCUGCAGAGAUUGCGACUGCAAUUGAGCCAGCGGAUGCGGCUGAUUUUAGCAAUACGAUUGGUGCACGUGCACAUGUUUGUCCCGGUCAUGAGAUUGGCUUCUCGGUGGAGCAAACAGUCGAAGCGCUGGAUAUACCCGCCGAGAACAUAUCAACGCUGCUCUGCUAUAUGGAACUGGAGCCGCGCUGGUGCAUGAACGUGCUCAGCUCCGCGUACAUCAUGGCCAAGGUGAUCUCAUACGGGGGACCCAAGUAUCUAAAACACGCCGCCAAGGAGUGCCCGCCGCUGGCCAUGGCCAUUGCUCUGCAGAUCAAGCACAAGACCUUCAAGGAGGACGCCAGCAUAAUUGAGUUUUCCGUCAUAGACAUAGCCGCCGGCAUUGGCUGGAACAGCGGCGUGGUCAAGUAUCAGCUAAAGAACCUGGAGUGGAUGCAGGUUAAUGGCUAUCCGAAGCGUUCGCCCAUCAGUGUCAACUUUUAUGAUCUGGGCUUUCGCAUCAAGGCGCCGGGUGAUUUCACGGAAGCGGAAAUUGAUGACGCCCUCGACACGCUGUACACACGGUCUGUUAAACAGGAGCGCACUCAGCUCAUCCAGUUGCAGUAUGUGGCACACGGGCUGUCCGCCGUGGCCUACAGCUCGUGCGGGCAAUGCUGCAGCGUUGAUUUUCCGCAGGAUCGCUGCACCCAGCUGAAGGGCAUUGUGCGCAACUAUUUCCGCAACGAUUAUCCACAGGAUUUGGAACUAGAAAUUGAGCCCAGCAACGUGCCGGAUGAUGACAUAAUUGCCGAUGUGCAUGCCCUCAUCAACAUGUAUCCCGACAAUACGUUCAGUGGACGCAACAUAGCGCGCCUCUUCCACGGCAUAUCGAGUCCAAACUAUCCGGCCGUCAUGUGGGGCCGUUGCAAAUAUUGGCGCGCACAUACUAAAGUCGAUUUCAAUCGCAUCCUCAAGUUGGCCAAUAUGGAGAUUGUUAAGCGACGCACGUGAUAAAUAUGUUCCAAAACCUUAUGCUUAUUUUAUUGUUUACUUUUUUUAAUUUUGUCUUACCAAAUAAUUAUAUAUUGUUCUGUGCUGGCAUACAAAAAUAUGUUGACCUAUUUAACUGCGCAUUUAAAUCGCCCGCGCAAAUGAUCUGCCUGGUGAAUAGAGUUGCCAUGAUGCAAAAAUGGAAAAAAAUUAAUUUUUAUUACAGAGUUCAGGCAAAAAUGAAA